AUUGGAACUUUAUUCUGAGCAUGCGUAGUGAACAGUUGCAAAACAUCAGAAAUUCGAUGAUUUUUUGUAUAAUUAUUUUCUUAAGCUCAGCUACUCUAACUUGAAUUUUUUUAUGUUUAAUAUUUCAAACUUUUUGUAAAACGUAGCGAUUUGCUUUAGAGUUGGCAGAUACAUCUUUAUAUUAUAAAUUUUGUUGUUGAAAUUAUGUUUUUUAACGAAAACUUUUAAAUCAAAAGGUGAUAUUUUUUUCUUGAAAUGUUCUGUUUUUUAAUCAGCUAUAUUACAAUAAAACGAAUUUUCUGUAGCUGAAACUAAGUUGUUUUGUUUUCUUCAUUUUAUUGAUCUCUUUUUAAAGUUGAUUCUAGAGACCGGUAAUUUUUUUUAAAGGCACAUUUUUUAUUUAUCUGACGUAACUGCUUUAUUUAGAAAUCUUUUAAACAUGGACCAUGCAACCAAAUUAAAUCUAAUUUGUAGAAUAUGCAAAGAAGAUAUAAUAAAAGAUCCAGUUGAUAUAAAUAAAUAUUCCGAAAGAAUCGAAAAUUCCUAUUAUAUAAACACCAGCAUUGAUAAUAAGAAAAUUCACCCACAAAAGAUGUGUAAUAGAUGCUAUACCAAUUUAAGGAACAUUGAAAAAGGUUCAAGUUCUAGUAUUAAACCAGUUGAUUGGCCUUUACCAUGUGCAGGCAAUUGUUCUUGUUUCCCCAAAGUUGUUGGAAGAAAAGUUAAAAAAUGUAAACCUGGUCGACCAUGUGUCAUGGAACAAAAAAAGCAACGCAAAGUAGCUAAAUCUUGGUCUGGAGAAGAUUGGGUAGUUUGUAAUGCGCCAUUUAACUUUCCUUUAAAGGAUUCUAUUGAUUCAUUUGAAAUAAAAAAUGCUCCUUGGGGAUACAUUAAAGAUUUUCCAUCUCAUAUAAUAAACAAACUGAACCUGCUAAAAAACAAAAAUUUGCUACAGCAUUCCAAUAUAAAAAAUGAUGAAAUUCACAUUAAAAUUGGUAGUGAUUAUGGUGGUGGAUCCUUUAAGAUGUGUUAUCAAAUCGUGAAUGUUGAUAAGCCGAAUGCCAAGAGAAACACAAGUGUUUUUAGUAUUUUUGAAGCGAAAGAGUACAAACCCAACCUUGUUGUGGGUCUCUCAAGGUUUACACCACAAAUUAAUCAAUUGCAGUCACUGUGUUGGAAUGAGAAAAAAAUAAGAGUAUUUAUCUUUGGCGAUUACGAAUUUUUAUGUUCAGCAUAUGGAAUCACUGGUGCAAAUGGUCGACAUGCUUGCUUGUUUUGUCAUAUAACUCGUGAAGAGAUGAAAAUGAAUCCUUCUCAACAAAAGCACAGUUGCUCCAAGCGUACUCUGGAAACACUUCAUGCAGAUUUCCAAAAUUUUAUUCAAAAAGGUCGAAUACCAAAAUUAGCAAAGACUUGUAACAAUGUCAUUGAUUUGCCACUUUUCAAUAUUCCAUUAACACAAGUAAGCAUUCCAUCAUUACAUAUCUCAUUGGGAAUUUAUCUUAAAUUUUUUAAUAUGCUUGAAGAUGGCUGUCAUCUCUUAGAUGUAAAAAUUGCAGCAAAAAUGUGUAUGACAAAUCAAACUGUAAACAACAGAAAUUUUGAUGAGUAUAUUGCACUUCAAUUAAAAAUAUAUGAAGGAGAAAAAGUUAUUAAUGAAUAUUGUGAAAAAAUAACUCUAAUUCAUGAAGCAAUGGCAAUACAUGUUCUACGUUCUCCUGAAAAUAAAGAAAUUAUUUGUGAAAUAUUUCAGCCCAGAGUAGCCCAUUAUAUGGAGAAGAAAAAUGCUAAGCUGAUUGAAUUAGAAGAGUUAAGAUCUAAAACAUUUGAAAAAUCACAUGGACCACUUGUGAAAAAACUUGAUGAAGUUCUAUGCGGUCUUCAUGUUCAAAGACAAGCUUAUCAUGGAAAAUGUUUUAUUGGAAAUCAUGUUCAUAAAAUGUUGAAGCUAAACAGUAUUCUAGAUCUUUGUAAUUCAAUACCUAAAAUAGUAAGUGAUCUUGGAUUUAUUGGUACAGAUGUUCAUAACGAGGCGAAGGUCUUGAGUAAGAAAUUUGUUGUUUUGUUCUCCAAAUACUCGACAUGCUACAACUUUAUGAAUUCAAGUGAAAUAAUUAACAAGAAUCCAAUAUCAGAAUUAGAAAGAGCCAUUGAUAAAUUAAUGAGUUACUUUCGUAAAACAUGGCCCAAUGAGUCCAUUACUCCAAAAAUGCAUUUGUUAGAAAGUCAUUGUGUUGAUUUUAUUAGAAAUUGGAAUUCGGGUCUUGAUAUUUAUGGAGAGCAAGGUUUAGAAAGCAUGCAUGCCGAAUUCAACAGUAUGAACAGCACAUUUUGUCAUAUGAAAGGAAAGCAAAGACUGAGAAGUAUUUUGUCCAAUCACUAUAUCAAAAACUCUCCAGAAGCUUUAAUAAUUAGACCAACUAUUAAAAAAAGAAAGCCUUAUAAAAGAAAAGCUUGAAACGUGAAACUUUAUAGAUGAAUUUUAAAAUCAAAAAAUGUAUAUUAUAUAACGAUUUAAUUUUUAAGUGUG